AUGUGGAUGGUGGGUUACAAUGAAGGCGGUGAGUUCAACAUGGCUGAUUAUGCAUUCAAUGGAAGGAAACUCAGGCCUCUCAUGCCUAGGCCAAUGACUUCACCUAUCAACACUUCAACUACAAACACUCCUUGCUUAAGCCUCAUUCAUGACAAUGAUUUCUUUUCACAAUAUCACAAUCUGGCAUCAGCGGCAGAGCAGAGCAAGAGAGAGUUCAAUAAUACUCCACCAGUUGUGGUGAGUUCAAGGUGGAACCCUACCCCAGAGCAGCUAAGAGCAUUGGAAGAGUUGUAUAGAAAAGGGACAAGAACACCAUCUGCUGAGCAAAUCCAGCAAAUAACUGCACAACUUAGAAGAUUUGGAAAAAUUGAAGGGAAGAAUGUUUUCUAUUGGUUUCAGAAUCACAAAGCAAGAGAAAGGCAGAAGCGCCGCCGUCAAAUGGAAUCAGCUGCUGAGGGUCACCCCCGUGACUUUGAUACUACUCUUGAAAAGAAAGACUUAGGCGCAGGUAGGACAGUGUUUGAAGUUGAACAGACCAAGAACUGGGCACCUACAAACUGCAGUACUCUUGCAGAGGAAUCUGUUUCAAUACAACGGGCAGCAAAAGCAGUGGUAGCAGAGAGUAGAACAGAUGGAUGGUUCCAAUUCGAUGAAGGAGAAUUACAACAGAGAAAGAACUUUAUGGAAAGGAAUGCCACGUGGCAUAUGAUGCAGUUAUCUUGUCCUCCAUCUCCUACAGUUACCCCUCACCUCAUACAACACACCCCUCCUAUUAACUCUACAACUAGUAUGGCCAAUUCAACCACAGUAGCAGCAAGAUUGAUGGACCCAAAGCUUGUCAAGACCCAUGAUCUCAGCUUCUUCAUUUCACCUCACAGAGAAAACGGUGUUAUCCACUUAAGCAGUAUCAGCACUGAGGAUAAUAAUUGUGUGGAAUCUCAAACCCUUCAACUUUUCCCUGUAAGGAAUGGGCAUGGCAGCAGUGAUAACAUUAACCAACAGAAAGAGACAGAGAUAUCAGUUUCAGCAAUGAAUGCGCCCAGCCAGUUUUUUGAGUUCCUUCCAUUGAAGAACUGA